AUGCACUGGCUGCUCUGGCCAAGGUCGCUGGCAGGCAAGGGGCUACCCCCUGGGGCAGUGCUGCUGCGUAAGAGAGAGAAGAGGGGACCUCAGUGGAGGCAAUCGCGGCGGGAAACCCACCCAUACUAUGACCUCCAGGUGAAGGUGCUGAGGGCCAGAAAUAUCCAGCACACAGAUCUGCUGUCCAGAGCCGAUUGCUACGUGCAGCUGUGCCUGCCCACUGCAUCCUCCAGCCCCACCCGGACAAGGAUGGUGGCCAACUGCAGUGACCCCAAGUGGAACGAGACCUUCCACUACCAGAUCCACGGUGCUGUGAAAAAUGUUCUGGAGCUCACUCUCUAUGAUAAGGACAUCUUGGACAGUGACCAGCUCUCCCUGCUACUGUUUGACCUGAGGAGCCUCAAGCCUGGCCAACCCUGCAGACACACCUUCCUACUCAACCACCAGGACUCACAAGAGUUGCAGGUGGAAUUUGUUCUCGAGAAGAGCCAGGUGCCCGCAUCUGAAGUCAUCACCAAUGGGGUCCUGGUGGCUCACCCCUGUCUGAGAAUCCAGGGCACCCUCGGGGAAGAUGGCACAGCCCCACAUCGAGAGUAUGGCUCUAGGCAGAUUCAGCUGACAGUGCCUGGGGCCUACGAGAAGCCACAGUUCUUGCCCCUGCAACCCCCCAAAGAAGGAGGCCUCCCAGCCACCUUCACCUUUCACGUGAAUCCAGUGAUCAGCUCCAGGCUGGAUGUGGAGCUGAGGGAGAAGCUCACAGUCCUGCAGGGUGACCCAAGUGCUGAGCUAGAGACCCAGACCAGCAAGCUGGGUGACGGGGGCAUCCUGCUGUCUUCUUUGGCCUUGGGCCAGGAGGAGAGGCAUUUUGUGGACCUGGGGGAGGACCAGGAGGUGGUUCUGAGUAUGAAAGCAGAAAUGAGCUCUGGAGACCUUGACCUGCGCCUUGGCUUUGGCCUGUGUGAUGGGGAACAGGAGUUUCUGGACAAGAGGAAGCAGAUUGUGUCCAAGGCCCUGCAGCGGGUGCUGGGAUUGAGCCAGGCUCCUGACAGUAGUCAGGUGCCGGUGGUGGCUGUGCUGGGUUCGGGAGGUGGGACCCGAGCAAUGUCUUCCCUGUAUGGCAGCCUGGCAGGGCUGCAGGAACUUGGCCUCCUGGACACCGUGACCUACCUGAGUGGGGUCUCUGGGUCUACCUGGUGCAUCUCCACCCUCUACCGAGACCCAGCCUGGUCCCAGGUGGCCCUGCAGGGCCCCAUUGAACAUGCCCAGGCUCGGGUCUGCAGCAGUAAGUUGGGGGCCAUGUCUCCGGAGCGCCUACAGUACUACGCCCAGGAACUGGGGAGCCUGGAAAGCAGCGGCCACAGUGUUUCCCUCAUCGACCUCUGGGGUCUCCUCAUCGAGUAUUUCCUCUACCAGGAGGCAAACCCCGCCAGGCUGUCUGACCAGCAGGAGGCCGUCAGCCAGGGCCAGAACCCUUACCCUAUCUACGCCAGCAUCAAUGUCCGCACCCACAUCAGCGGGGAAGACUUCGCAGAGUGGUGCGAGUUCACCCCCCACGAGGUCGGCUUCCCCAAGUAUGGGGCUUACGUCCCCACUGAGCUCUUUGGCUCUGAGUUCUUCAUGGGGCAUCUGCUGCAGCCACGGCCCGAGCCCCGGAUCUGCUACCUGCAGGGUAUGUGGGGCAGUGCCUUUGCAGCCAGCGUGGAUGAGAUCUUCCUGAAGACUGUGGGCUCGGGCCUCAGCUUCUUGGACAGGCACAGAGAGAAAGUAAACAUCACAGAUGACUGCCAGAAGCUCCAGCUGCAUGACCCCACACGUCUGCGGACCAGGCUCUUCACCCCCCAGGGCCCCUUCUCCCAGGCUUUGUUGGACAUAUUCACCUCCCGCUUUACCUCCGCGGAGAACUUUAAUUUCACCAGGGGCCUCUGCCUACACAAAGACUAUGUAGCUGGCCAGGAGUUCAUGGCCUGGAAAGCUACGCACCCUGAUGCCUUCCCCAACCAGCUCACUCCCAUGAGGGACUGCCUGUGCCUGGUGGAUGGGGGCUUUGCCAUCAACUCUCCAUUCCCACUGACCCUGCUGCCCCAGAGAGCGGUGGACCUCAUUUUGUCCUUUGACUACUCCCUGGAGGCCCCUUUUGAGGUCCUACAGAUGACAGAGAAUUACUGCCUGGACCGAGGCAUCCCCUUCCCAAGGAUUGAGGUGCUCCCUGAGGACUUGAAGGAGCCCCGCGAGUGCUACGUGUUCACCAAGGCCGAGGACGCCCGCUCACCCAUCGUGCUGCACUUCCCUCUUGUCAACCAUACCUUCCGCACACACCUGGCCCCAGGUGUGGAGCGACAAACAGCUGAGGAGAAGGCCUGCGGGGACUUCGUCGUCAACGGGUCCAACACUCCCUAUGGCAUGAUGAACUUCACCUAUGAGCCUGAGGAGUUUGAGCGGCUGGUGGCUCUGAGUCGAUACAAUGUUCUGAACAACGCGGAGACUGUGAGACACGCCCUCCGGCUGGCUCUGGAGCAGCGACAGGCUGGGGACAGGGCUGGAGCUGACCGGGCUGGAAGGGAGGACCGUGAGGGAGGGGAGCCACCGUUGGCUCCAGACAGGGGCUUGAGGGAAGAGGAGUGGUAGA